AUGUCGUUGAAAGUACCAAAAGCCGGAGGGCCAGACCUUUUCAAGGCCGGAUAUAAGCAAAUGUCUGGUCUCGAAGAAGCGGUAUUGAGGAAUAUUGCAGCUGUGGGAGAAUUGAGUGAAAUUGUUAGAACUUCUUUCGGUCCUAAUGGUCGUAACAAGCUUAUCAUCAAUCAUCUUGGAAGACUAUUCGUAACCUCUGAUGCAGCUACUAUCAUUCGGGAAAUCGAAGUUGCCCACCCCGCUGCCAAGUUGUUGGUCAUGGCUAGUACAGCUCAGGAAGCCGAGAUGGGUGACGCUACCAACCUCGUGUUGAUUCUCGCCGGAGAAUUACUCAAGAGAUCAGAACAUCUUUUGACUAUGGGUUUACAUCCUUCAGAUGUCAUUCAGGGGUAUGAGAUGGCUUUGGCAAAAGGUCGAGAAGAACUUGAGACCCUCAUCUGCUCAACAAUCCCUGCAUCUCCUUUACCGACCGCCGAGCAGCUCUCCAAAGCUGUCGCCACCUCUCUCGCUUCGAAACAACCAGGAUGUGAAGAUUUCCUUGCUCAAUUAGUAGCAGAAGCUUCUCUGGCGGUAAUGCCUAAAAAUCCUAAGGACUUCAACGUCGACUCAGUCAGGGUUGUGAAAGUUUUAGGUGGAGGGUUGGAGGCUAGUAGAGUAGUUAGAGGUAUGGUGUUCGGUAGAGAACCUGAAGGUGUUGUGAAGAAUGCUACCAAGGCUAAAGUCGCUGUCUAUACUUGUGGACUGGAUAUCUCGCAGACUGAAACCAAGGGAACGGUGUUGCUUAAGAAGGCAGAUGAUUUGUUGAACUUCUCGAGGGGAGAGGAGAAGCAGCUUGAGGGUUACUUCAAAGAAAUCGCCGACUCAGGUGUGAAAUUGAUCAUUGCCGGUUCGGGUAUUGGUGAUCUCGCUUUACAUUACCUAAACAGGAUGAACAUCGGUGUCAUCAAGGUUUUAUCCAAAUUCGAUCUUCGAAGAUUAUGUCGGGUGGUCGGUGCUACGCCCUUAGCAAGAUUAGGUGCCCCUACAGCCGAAGAAGCAGGUAUGGUGGAUGUCUUUGAGACUGUUGAGAUCGGUGGAGAUCGAGUGACUGUGCUGCGUCAAGAGGAAGGUGAAAAGACCAGAACCGCUACUAUCGUCCUUCGAGGAGCUACAGCCAACUAUCUCGAUGAUUUAGAAAGAUCCUUGGAUGAUGGUAUAAACACCGUUAGGAUCUUAUUAAGAGAUGGUAGACAGGUACCUGGAGCUGGAUCAAGUGAAAUUGAAGUUGCUCGACGAGUAUCCGAAUUCGGUGGAAAGACAUCUGGAUUAGCUCAACAUUCCAUAAAGAGAUGGGCGGAAUCACUCGAAGUCGUUCCUCGAACUCUCGCUGAGAACGCUGGUCUGAAUGCCGAAGAUGUCGUUUCGCUCUUGUAUAAGUCACACGCGGAAGGUCAAUCUGAAGCUGGUGUAGAUAUCGAUUCCGAAAAUUCAUCAAAUGGCAAUGGAAUCAUCACUUCGUCGAAAGAGAAGGGAAUUCUGGAUCCAUUCGCUGCUAAAGAUUGGGCUAUCAAGUUGGCUACGGACGCUGCUAUCUCGGUACUUAGGGUGGAUAGUAUCAUAGUAGCGAAACAGGCUGGUUUGGCUCCUCCUAAACAACAAGGUCAUUGGGAUGAUGAUUAG